UCCAUGAAAACUAAACAGCCCACUGGCUUAUCUCAGAAAACGAUGACUGAUCAAGACAUAGACGGCGCCACCAAUGAAAUCGCCCACCUGUGACGCAGCUAACCUGAAACAACAUAAAGUAAUAGUCUAAUAGGCGUGAUGGCUGAGGACGUGGGUAAGAAGCUCGACAAUGCUCCGCGGCCGCCUCAGCAUCUGAACCUGUUCGCUUUCAAGGCGGAGCCAUCGUCGCAUCACCACGGCGACGAGCGCGCCGCGCUCGAGGUGUUCAUCCCGGAGUGCGUGGACGCGGCGCACGGCGCGCACACGUGGCCGUCCGCGCCCGUGCUCGCGCAGUACGUGUGGCAGCGGCGCCGCGAGAUGCCCAACAAGAGCGUGCUCGAGCUCGGCGCGGGCACGGCGCUCGCCGGCGUCGUCGCCGCCAAGUGCGGCGCUCACGUCGCGUUCAGCGACGACGCGCACGCGCCCGCGUGCCUCGACAGCAGCCGCCGCAGCUGCGAGGUGAACGGCGUCACCGACGCCGAGUUCAUCGCGAUCACGUGGGGGCGCUUCACGCGCGAUCUCGUCGCGCUGCAGCGGCUCGACUUCAUCAUGGCGUCGGACUGCUUCUACGACGCGCGCGACUAUGAGGACAUCGUCGUCACCGUGUCGUUCCUGCUCGACAAGAACCCCGGCGCAAAGUUCUGGUGCGCGUACCAGGAGCGCGGCGCGGACGAGUCGAUCGAGGAGCUGCUGCAGCGCUGGGAGAUGAAGGGCACCGAGAUCCCGCUUGCGUCGUUCCACGCCGACUCGACGAGCGUCGCCGCGUCGCAUCUGCCCGGCAGGCACACGAUCCGCAUGCUCGAGAUUACGAAAAUGUCGCCGUACACGUUCGUCGCCGGCUGCGUGUGCUGAGCGCGCGUGGGGAGCCGCGCGUCUUGAGUGAGGGAGGUAGAGUGCGAGGGAGCGUGUUUCGAGUGAGGGAGGUAGAGUGCGCGAGGGAGCGCGUCUCGAGUGAGAGAGGUAGAGUGCGCGAGGGAGCGUGUCUCGAGUGAGGGAGGUAGAGCGCGCGAGGGAGCGUGUCUCGAGUGAGGGAGGUAGAGUGCGCGAGGGAGCGUGUCUCGAGUGAGGGAGGUAGAGUGCGCGAGGGAGCAUGUCUCGAGUGAGGGAGGUAGAGUGCGCGAGGGAGCAUGUCUCGAGUGAGGGAGGUAGAGUGCGCGAGGGAGCGUGUCUCGAGUGAGGGAGUUAGAGUGCGCGAGGAAGCGUAUCUCCAGAGAGAGAGAUUGAGAGUGUGUCAGGAUUGUGUAGUGAGAGAGAGAGAGAGAGAGAGUUAGAGAGAGAGAUGGAAAGAUGAAGAUUGUGUCUGGAUGACUUAUCAAAAAAGAGAGGGUGUGCCAGAAUCAUGUCUUCUGAGAGAGGGUGUGUUUGGAUUGUGUCUCAGAACGGCAUGUCAAGAUGAGGUCUCGUGAGAGAGUGUCAGAUAUGUGUCUCACGAGACAUUCUUUCAUGAUCGCAUCUCGUGUGGGAGUGACUUGCGCAAAGACGCUGCAAUUUCAGUCCGAAGUCGACAGACCGAUACCGAUUGUGAUGUGCGCGUGUUUGUAAUCCGUCGGCACGUGAUGAAGAGUGAGUGCUUAUAUAUUAGUUGUACUGUGAUCUUACAAUAAUAAUGCGUGUGGAAUGAAGCAUGUUGGUCGCGUGUGCGUGGUGGCAUGUGACUUCUGGUGCAUUCCUGCGUUGUUAUUACUGUUUAUAUCUAUGCAUCAUAUUUGUAUAGCAUACACUGUAUCUGGAUUAUUGUAAUUGUUGCAGUUAACAGAUGUGUAUAGUAGAGGGAGUAUAUGUCCACUAUAUGAUGUUACACCGUUUUGCAAAGACGGCAAAUAUUCUAAUUGUUGAGAUGAGGGUGCGUGUUCGUAUGAAUUGCAUUGUUAGCAACCACUCGGAGGAGGACGACUCUUGCGAGAAUUCUAUAUCCUCUAAAGAUAGGUAUUUUCUGGAAAACAAGCUCAAGCCUACUGCUUAGCAAUCAUACAUAGUAUCUAACGGAGGUAUUUACAAUGAAAAGGUGGUUUUCCUUCAGAUGAACUAUCAAGUUAAGUCAUUUGUCAUUCAUUACGAGUCUAAAGGACAUUUUCGUUUCGUGAUCAAACAUUGUAGGAUCGAUCGCACGUUUGAUGGAAAUUUAUGCUUAAAAGACACCACUAGCUGCCAACGCCCAGCGGCCAGCAUUCUUCAUGGGAAAACUACUUGCUUUCAACAACAAGUGGGGGUGACGAAAAAAGUCGAAGGCGAGGUAGCUGCUGCAGAAAUUAUCUCCUUUGCAAAAGAAAGAAAAGAAUGGCAAGAAUGGCCAGCCAUUCGAAUUUAUGAAGUGAAACCAUGACUAUUAUGUAAAUAUGCAUCACUGCAUGUAGGUUGUAGUAACUAAAGGUUGUGCAAACAUGAUAUGCACAAGAAAUGGACAUGUAUCACUUCAGCUGCUAGACUUAGUGGCACUAUUCGACCCUAUUCUUGAAAUUUUGCAAUUUGCUAUUUUUCAAAUAGAAAGCAAUGACCUUGAGGUAUAUAUAGCCAGUCAUGAUACUUCUCAUCUGUGGAAGCAAGUGUACUGGUCGGUUGAUCGUAACAGGCAAUCUUAAUUAGUUGGGUGCAUAACAUGUUUCAACCAGAAAUCGUACGCUGUUAUAUUGUCUACAUUCAACAUCAAACGAGUGAGAGCAAACGAUGUUACCAUUGUAGGUCCUCAAACGUUGUUGAUAGAAGUUUCUGUUACACAGGCGAAACCACAUUCAGACGAUGUUCCUGUUAUGUUCCCCUUAUAGAAUGUCACAUUUUACUGUAGGUUAUGUUAUUCGCUGUAGGCUAUCGACAUAUGCAUUGCUGAAAACACGGGUAAAGUGAAGAUAUAUCCUAUGUUUGAGGAAGAGGUAAUGAACGGUUUGUGCGUGAUUGAUAAAUUAAUUAUUUCUUCUUGAACAACGUGUUGGUGGUUGGCGGCUUAUUUCUGUGAGCUGGUCAGAGGUUAAGUAUUGAUGUUGCUUUUAUUCUAUAUAGUUGAUCUAUACAUAUUAAAGGCUUUAUAAAAAUAGCCUAUUGUGACAACUUGGAGUGUUCGUAAAACCUUGUAAUGGAUAAUUCGAGAUAUAGUUUUACAUGUAACAGAGAGAGGGGGAGAAGGGAGGGAGGAGAAAUAAUUUACAGCAAGCAUAAAGGAUGCAAAUCAUGACAGUAGUAAAUGUAAAAGUAGCUAUAGUAUAUAUUUAAGCGCUAUAUGAAUAAUUUUUAAACAUUAAAAGUAUAUAAAAAAAAGGCGAAUGUUGUUAUCUUAUGAUGCAUGCAUGUUUGAUAUUUUGCAUCUGUUAUGUAAUGCAAAUAAUGCUGUUUAUUCUUCUUUUUUCGUACACGCACGUGCACACAAAUAUCGCCUGCAUGAACGUCAUAGGAAUGUGCUCCCCAAUAUACAGUGUGUUUACGCGCAAGCACGCGUUCGCGCACGCUUCAACUCGUAUUUAUAUCGUAUGGGUUUUGGAAUAAAAGCGGCCAACCACCUGCUGUAGGGGACCAUACUGUUCUUUCUAUGCAUGCAAACAUUCACAUUUGAUUUUUGUUUUUACAUGUAUAGUACGUAUAUCCCAAAAUAAACAUUACUUUAUUGAGAUUA